GAAUCAGGCGUUUAAUAAUCACUUGAUUUUGUUUGUCAUCAUUAAAGCCAAUGAUUUGCUGACAACAAGUGUUUGGUGUAAAAUAGCCAUUGAUUUAAGCGAUUACUUAUUGUCGCAAACCGUCGGUUAAAAUGAUGGCCAAAAAUGUGGACAACUCUCACAUCAAUGAGCGAAGACUUCGACCCAUUUAUGAUUGUUUGGAUAACGGGAACAACAAGAAGGCUCUUCAGGAGGCGGACAAAGUGCUUAAGAAGCAGAAGGACUUGUUGUGCGCCAAAGUGUUGAAGUCAUUGGCGUUGUUAAGGAUGGGAAGACAGGAGGAGAGCCUCCGACACCUCAAAGAAGUUCACGCCGACUGUCCCACCGAUGACUCUACUCUUCAGGCGAUGACUAUCUGCUACCGUGAGCUCCAUAAAGCGGAACUGAUAGCCGACGCCUACGAGAAUGCCGUGAAAAAGGAUCCGUCAAACGAAGAACUCCACUCCCAUUUGUUUAUGGCUUACGUCCGGUUAAGUGACUACAAGAAGCAACACUUGACAGCACUCGGUCUCUAUAAACUCAAACCCAAGAAUCCGUACUAUUUUUGGGCUGUUAUGAGUAUUUUAAUGCAGGCGAUUAGCGAUAAGGAGUCUAAACUGGCCCACAGUCUAGCGCUACCAUUGGCUGAGAAGAUGUGCAAAAGGUUUUUGGAAGAGAAUAAGAUCGAAGCGGAGGCUGAGGUCGAGCUCUACCUAAUGACUCUCGAGAAGCAAAAGAAGUACAACGAAAUGCUGUCCGUAAUGGACAGUCCCGUCGGCGCUAAACUCAGCAAUCAUUUAGACUUUUUAUCGAAACGAAGGGCGGAUUUGUUGAGACGUUUGGAUAGAUAUGAGGACGCGUUCAAUGCCUACAAACAAUUGAUUGACAACAAUAUCGAUCAAAUUGAUUACUACACAGAACUCAUUGAUAUAGCAUUUGUGUUGAAUGAGAAGUCAAGCGCAGAGGCGAACGACAAUCAAAACUCUGGUGUCAUUAAUUCCGGUUCAGUUAGUAAUGGCGGCGCCAAUGAGAGAGCCGUUCAGCCGCGUCUUAGAGGACCCUAUUUGGCAAAAAUGGUUUUAUUCGGGCGUUUAGAGGAACGGCAACGAACUCAGGCAGACGUCGAGCACCUCAUCAAACAGAUGGCCAAUUCAGUGAUAGAUCUUCUGUUUGAAUACUUUGUCGAAUUUGGCUCAAAACAAGCGGCCAUUUAUGAUAUGCUAUUUAUUUUAGAAAAAUUUAACUUAACUGAAGUGGAGAUACAGACCUUAACUCUACAGAUGAAGCAAUCGAUCGCUAAUAUCACAGAGAAUUAUAGCGAUUUGAAUUCAAUGCACAGACAUAUGACUUAUCUUUAUAUCUGUCACUAUUUGGGACAAAACGACGGCUUAAGUGCUUCCAAUCGGUUAGACUUUGUCCAACAUUUGGGCCAAAUUUAUGAAAAGCAUUUCGAAAAUAUAAUUGCAAAAAGCGAUAUUAUGACAACUGAACCCCAAUCGACUGAUCCGUUUGUGACACUUAUGGCUUGUGUUAUGUUCGUAAACAAGGAGUUUGACGACAAUAUAUUAAUCCAAACGAUUGUAAUACUAGAGAACGGGUUAAUCAAAAGUCCGGCUAAUUUUCACUUUAAGCUAUUGUUAGUAAAGUUAUAUAACAUGAUCGGAGCGGUGAGCGCUAGUCAUACGUGGUUAGAAUCGCUGGAUAUCAAACAUAUCCAAUACGAUUCGCUCGGAUAUAUAUUCGCCACUCAACACAUGAUUGGCGCCCACUUUAACACCAGUUCCCAACUGUUGGGAAAUAUGUUAAAGUUUUAUUCGUCAAACGUUAAAGACACUUUGGAUUAUAUGAUAUCGUGUUAUAAAUUCGGUUCGUUUACGAAAGUGGAAGAGAUUCUUCUGUUUAGGGAUCGAUUGACUAAUUCGCUGCAAUACUGUCUCUCUGCUGUCGACCGUAUGAUUUUGGAUAUGAUUUUGGAAACUAAAAAAAAUGAAGUAUUAAUUGUUAUGUAUUAUUGCAGUCAUUCUUCGACUGAGAAUAUAAUAAAUUAUAUGGAAAUCGAUGUCGAAAACGAUAAGUUUGUGUGGAAUGAGAUCUCCGAUAACCGAGACUUUAGUGUCAUUCGUAGUCACCAUCAGAAGAGCGAGAGCUCAGUGAAGGAGAGCCAGAAGCGCACGUUUGACGACGAGAUUCUAUGGCUUAAGAUUAGAAAUCUGUUGAUUAGAGCCAUCGCUGCCUCUCAUAAUCUGGUCAACGAUGAGGUGAAGAAAAAGGGGUUAAUUAAUAACAAUAACACCGAAACUAAUGGCACAGAAAAGCGCAAUAAUAUAGACGUAUUGAGCGAACUAUCGGUUCAAUUUCGAGAGUAUAUCUCUUGUGUCCAUUCGUCGACAUUCGCCGAAUCAAUGCUAUCACUGGACGAACCGAAUGAGUCACGAAUUGUAUCGUUUAGUAAAUUAAAUUAUUUUGAAGUGCUCUCAGAGUUAAUAGAUUUCAUAAUUAGUUUAAAUAAUGAGCCCAAAGAGGGCUCGUUAUCAUCGGAUCCCAAAUCCGGUGAUAUAUUUGCCUCAAUUGUAGACAAGUUGGAAGAAUCGGUGAACACCUGUAAGACAUUAUUCUCUGUUCGGUCAACACUGGAACUGUUGACAAACACAAUGGAAACGCUCAGCCUAUCGAUCAUACUGUUAGGUAUCUGUCAGUCGAUAAUGAAAUACAAAAUGAACAUCAAUUCCUCAAAUAAGAAGAAUCGCCGAAAGAAAGAGGUGUCGACCGCGGGAUCAGCUGCUGCUGAAGACACGACCAGUUAUUUGGUCAAAACGUACGCCUCGUUGGUGUCCAAAUUCGAGGCAAGCGCUCAACGUAUUGAUACAAUUCUCAAAGCCGUCAAUAUAUCGUCCGUUUUAAGUGAACGUUUCGUUUUGGACGGACUAUCGACGAUUGGCGGACAGAGAGUAGACACGGAUUCCAAUGAGUAUUGA